GCACCACACACAAGUCGAAGCACGCGCUCAGCUCCGCCGAGAAGAAGAAGCAGAAGCAGCUCGAGCCGUCAGUUGAAACAUGGCGCUGAGCCGGAGAGCUGUCACCACCAGUCUACAGAGGGGCACAACAACCACCGCCGCGGCCGCUCCUUCUCUCUAAAAGCCCGCGAAGGAUUCCCCCGGUGACCGCUGAAGCUGUCCGGAGCACAUUUAUCCGCAUUCCAUCCUUUUUUCUGGCACUUCUGCACUACUACGUCGAAGCUAACGUAACAUCCAGUAACGUGACGUAACUAACGGCUGACGGUUACCUGGACAGAACGCCGGAACGCUCCACAAUCGUCGUUCUCCAGCACGCAUGCGCACAGACACACGCACAAAUACAGACUAUACGGCUGGGGCCGUAACACAGACCCAGAACCUACCUGUCAAGCUUAAACUCACCUGAGUGGAGCGUCUUAUGCACACUUUGUGUUGUUUUUAUACUAAAGCGUUAAGCUAAAUAGCGUUGAGGAAAAUGUCAGACAACCAGAGCUGGAACUCGUCCGGUUCGGAGGAGGAUGUGGAGCCCAGAGAUGAGUCCGGACACCUGGUGGGGGUCGUCGACUUGAGUGGAGUCCUCAGUAAGUGGACAAAUUACAUCCAUGGCUGGCAGGACCGUUGGGUGGUCCUGAAGAACAACACACUGAGCUACUACAAGUCCCAGGAUGAGACGGAGUAUGGAUGUCGUGGUUCCCUCUGCCUUAGCAAAGCUGUUAUUACCCCUCAUGAGUUUGAUGAGUGCCGGCUGGAUAUAAGCGUAAACGACAGCGUGUGGUACCUCAGAGCACAAGACCCAGAACACAGACACCAGUGGAUCGACUCCAUCGAGCUGCACAGGAGUAUCAGAGAGGGGAGGAGAGAGAAAGGAGGAAUCCAGGGAACAAUAAUCGUCCCUCCACCACUGGCUGAUUCUGGAUAUGGCUCUGAGUCCAGUCUGAGGAGACAUGGCUCCAUGUUGUCUCUCACUUCAGCCACCAGCGGCUUCUCUGCCACCUCCACAUCCUCCUUCAAGAAGGGUCACCGCCUGAGAGAGAAGCUGGCAGAGAUGGAGACCUUCAGAGAUAUCUUGUGCAGACAGGUGGACACGCUGCAGAAAUACUUUGACAGCUGUUCAGACGCAGAGUCUAAGGACGAGCUGCAGAGAGAUAAAAUCGUGGAGGAUGAUGAAGAUGACUUCCCAAACACACGGCCAGAUGGAGAGUUUCUGCACAACAACAAUGGCAGCAAAGAAAAAUUGUUCCAGGCGUUGAGUCCCAAGGGAAUCAAUGGCAUAGACUUUAAGGGUGAGGCUAUCACGUUCAAGGCUACCACAGCUGGGAUCCUCGCCACUCUGUCUCACUGCAUCGACCUCAUGGUGAAGAGAGAAGAGAGCUGGCAGAAGAGAGUGGAUAAGGAGAUGGAGAAGCGGCGAAGAAUAGACGAGGGCUAUAAAUCGGCCCUCAAUGAGUUGAAGAAAAAGUCUCACUUUGGAGGUCCAGAUUAUGAGGAGGGUCCAAACAGCCUGAUUAACGAGGACGAGUUCUUCGAUGCAGUUGAAGCUGCUCUGGACAGACAAGACAAGAUAGAAGAACAGUGUCACACUGAGAAGACGAGGAUCCAGAGGUCCAGCCCCGUCCCUCCUGGAGACGUCUACUCCAACACAGGAUCACACAGAUUCUCUGAGAAGCCUCAUAGUCAGUCCUCCCCUGCUCAGCUAGUCAGCGUCCCUCCUCACGAAGUCCACAGAUUCAGCACCGAGGUGGAGGAGAUGGUGCAGAAUCACAUGACCUACUCGCUGCAGGAUGUUGGUGGAGACGCCAACUGGCAGCUGGUUGUCGAGGAGGGAGAGAUGAAGGUGUACAGGAGAGAGGUGGAGGAGAACGGGAUCGUGUUGGACCCUCUGAAGGCCACUCACUCAGUGAAGGGGGUCACAGGUCACGAGGUCUGCCACUACUUCUGGGACACCGCGUACCGCAACGACUGGGAGACCACCAUUGAAAACUUCAACGUUGUGGAGACGCUGUCAGAUAAUGCAGUGAUUGUUUAUCAAACACACAAGCGGGUGUGGCCAGCCUCUCAGAGAGACGUGCUCUACCUGUCGGCCAUGAGGAAGAUCUUGGCCAACAACGAGAACGACCCCGACACCUGGCUGGUCUGCAACUUCUCUGUGGACCACGAUGAAGCUCAGCCUUCCAACAGGUGUGUUCGAGCCAAAAUCAACAUCGGCAUGAUCUGCCAGACGCUGGUCAGCCCCCCGGAGGGAGAUAAGGAGAUCAGCAGAGACAACAUCCUGUGUAAAAUCACCUACGUAGCCAAUGUGAAUCCCGGCGGCUGGGCUCCUGCCUCGGUGCUCCGGGCCGUGGCGAAGAGAGAAUAUCCCAAGUUCCUGAAGCGCUUCACCUCCUACGUCCAGGAGAAAACUGCUGGCAAACCCAUCUUAUUCUGAGGCAAACAGUGUGGCGCCAUCAGGAACACAUCAGCUGCUUCCACUGACCAGUUCCUCUCAAUGGUUUCCUCCCUCCCAGUUCUCAGCUCCCAGUGAGUCCCUGUAGGGAGGAGGGCUCAUACUGGGGCCCUCUGGUGGCUGCAUUCACACAGGCUUUGACCUCUGGGACACAUUCAUCUAAAAGAAUGUUCUUAAGUCAGUCAAACUAGGAUAGAAUCAUUUCAGGAGCAACGACUGCUUGUUGAUUUAAUUGAUAAAAUGGUAAAUAUUGAAUAUUAUUUAGAGCUGAAUGCAUGGAGCAGAGGGCCCCGGGGCCCCUCCUCCUCCUCCUCCUGGAGGCUCCUGCAGCAGCUCUUCAUGCUCAUGUAGAAGGCUGAAACGCCACGUCUCUUUUCUUA